GUCAAAGACCCACAUGGAAAGCUGUUUGAGAUUGUCUGCUUUGGGGAGAGUGAACAUUGCCACUCAACUGGAUGAGGGAUGCAGGCUAGCUGUCCGUCGCCACAACCACGAGGUUAGCAAGAACCGCCACAUUCUCAACCGACUAAUCCAGUGUGUGAAGUUUUGCGGAGUGUUUGAGUUAGCUUUGCAAGGCAAAGAUGAAACCGAGGGCUCCACCAACCCAGGUAUUUUUCUUGGACUGGUCAACUUUGUGACACAGUUAGAUGAGGUGUUUGAUGAGCAUCUUAAAAAUGUAAAUGUUUUAAAGGGCACAUCGAAGACAAUUCAAAAUGAGCUACUGGAGUGUAUGCUAGCGGUCGUGAGGGAACAUAUUGUUGAGGAGGUGAAGUCGGCGAACUUCGUAGCCAUCCAAGCUGAUGAGACCAUGGACGUUUCCACACAGACACAGCUGGUGCUUGUGCUGAGGUACAUCGAUCCCAACAAUAAAGUGCAGGAAUGCUUUUUUGAGUUUCUUCCCAUCUCGGAAUCAACCUCAAUCUCAAUUGCCAGUGUGCUUUUGGAGAGACUGAACGGUCCUUUUGCCGACGACGAGAAAGUCAAACUUAUUGCGCAAGCUUACGAUGGAGCCAGUGUGAUGAGGGGAGAGAAGGCUGGUGUGCAGCAAAAGGUGCGUGAGCAUUUCAAGAAUGCCCAUUAUGUGCAUUGCUAUGCGCAUCAGCUGAAUUUGAUCAUGCAGCAAGCUACUUCUUGCAUCAAAAAAGUUAAUAUUUUCUUUACCGAUCUGAGCGGGAUUGCAACUUUUUUUUCCCGGUCACCCAAACGGGACCAGCAUUCUUGACCAGACUGUUGCACGAAGAUUGCCCAGAACUUCAUCCACACGGUGGAACUUCAACAGCAGAGUCGUGAACACUGUCUACGAGAAUCGAGACGACCUCAUACAAUGUUUUGAAGCCAUCAGGACGGCUUCAUUGGGUUCAUUUGACCAGCCCACCGUGAGAGAGGCAUCUGGCUACGUGAGGAUGCUACAUGAUGAAGAUUUCAUUUUUUUUCCUGUGGCUUUUUCACAAAAUCAUGCCCCACAUCGAUACUCUGUAUCAGAAGCUCCAGAAGAAGGACAUCGAUGCUGUCUUCAUCAAACGUGCCCUCGACAGCUUCACAAACAGUGUGCAGGCCAUAAGGGACUCCUCUCAACAGCAGCUGCAAGUAGCAACAGGAGCCAAAAGACCCAUAACGGCUUUGAGAGAAGAGGAGAAGCAGAGGCUGUCUGAAGAGGUCUGCAACACCAUCCUUGAACACACCAAAGCAAGGUUCUCUUUCACUGGCCACCUUGUGAGUGCUACCUUACUGCAAGCAGAUAUGUUUGAAAGGUACUGCCAUUCAUUUCCUGAUGAGGCUCUGAAUGCCACUGUUAACGCAUACCCCAUGCUGAACAAGGCAAAGCUCAAGACAGAACUCUCUCUGAUCUAUGAGAAUCCUGAAUUCAAGGGCUGCUGUGGUGCACUGGCACUGUACCAGGUUCUCAUGAGCUACAACCUCCAGGAGAAAUUCUCUGAGACUGUGACUCUGUUGAACAUCCUCAUAACUACUCCCAUGACAACAGCUGAAGCUGAGAGAUGUUUCUCAACUUUGACACGAGUUAAGAAAUUCCUGCGAAAUUCAAUGGGCCAGGAACGUCUGAAUGCACUGGCUAUGCUUUCCAUGGAGAGAGAACUAGUCCUCAACAUGCCUAAUUUCAAUGAGAAAGUCACUGACCGCUUUACUGCAUUGAAAGAGAGAAGAGCACAGUUUCAGUACAAAUAAUGUAGCCUCUCUCUCUGUCUGUCUCUUUAACACACACACACACACACACACACACACACACAUGUUGUGUUUCCAUGUUUUAUGGGGACUUUCCAUAGACAUAAUGG